AUGCAUAACCUGUCUAGCAGCGAUGCAGUGACUGUGGACGAUUCGUCUAAUACGCCUGAUAAUACUUCACCUACCGGCAGUGAUAUUGGGUUACACUCACAUAAUGCUGCACCGGACGAACGACGACACUCGCGCAUAGAGCCAGCAGCAACUCCGAAUAGCGUAGCAGAAUGUGACGAAGAAAAGCCUGCAGUCAGAACUCGAUCUCGGGAGUCACCGAAUCCAAUUGUUCCUCCUUGUGGUGGUCCUCCAGAGGGAGGGCUUCGAGCAUGGAGCGCUGUUGUCGGUGGCUUCUGCGGCAUCGGUGUCUUCAUUGAUUACUACAAAGCUCACCAGCUCAAAAAUGUAGCCACAAGCGCCAUUACAUGGAUUACUUCGUUGGAGUAUUUCAUGAUGUUCUUUGGGGGCCCAUUCGUGGGAGUCUUAUUUGACAAUUUCGGGCCGCGAUGGCUCCUCUUAGCAGGCUCAUUCUUCCAUAUCUUCGGGUUGAUGAUGAUCUCCAUCUCGAAGGAAUACUAUCAAUUUUUCCUUGCCCAGGGUAUCUGCAGCCCCAUAGGCACAGCGGCUCUGUUCCAUUGCAGCAUAACCUCCGUAAACACCUGGUUCCGGCGCCGUCGUGCCCUCGCCCUCGGUGUCACAUUCAGUGGCUCCGGCUUUGGCGGAAUCAUAUUCCCAAUCAUGAUCACUCGCAUUAUACCAGUUCUCGGCUUUGGAUGGGCUAUCCGAAUCUGCGCAUUUACCAGUCUCUUCCUACUUGUUAUUACCAACCUCACCGUGAGCUCAAGGCUAAACCACCAGAAGAAGACGCCAUUAUGCCACCCCCUCGACUUCUUCCGCCCUCUCCGUGAGAUGCCAUUCGUCCUCACCAGCGCAGCAACCUUUUUCUUAUAUUGGGGCCUGUUCCUCCCCUUCGCCUUUAUCCCCACACAGGCCCAACGAUACGGCAUGUCGGCAUAUUUGGCGUCAUACUUAAUCGCCAUUCUAAACGCAGGAAGCGUCUUCGGCCGCAUCAUCCCACCCUGGCUAGCCGAUCACUUCGGCCGCUUCAACCUAAUGAUCCUCACAAGCAUAGUAUCCAUAAUCCUCGUGCUAGCGCUAUGGCUCCCUUCACGCACAAACAGCACCGCAAUAGUCUUUACAGUACUCUACGGAUUCAGCAGCGGGUCUGCCGUGUCACUAGCCCCUGCACUUGUGGCACAGAUAUCCGAAAUCCGAGAAAUCGGGGUGCGCAGCGGGACGUAUUUUGCCAUUGCGGCGUUUGCGGCGCUGACGGGCACACCAGUUGCCGGGGCGCUUUUGCCGGAUCCCCUAGGCGGGAGUUAUUUGGGCCUUGAGCUUUUCUGUGCGGCGACAAUGGCAGUUGGGGUUGUUUUGUAUAUUUUGGCGAGAGGGGUUGUUCCGCAUGGGGGGUGGAGGAUUGGGAUUAGGGUAUAG